AUGUCGCCACCGUUCGAAUAUUCAUACAACCCACAGUGGUCAACCUAUCAUUCCCAGGCUUCAGUGAACGCUUCGCAUGUCCAUCACCAUCAAUAUAUGUAUGAGCUCGCACCUCAGCGACGGAUGGCUCAUCAGUCCGAAAGCCCCUUGAGUCUAGGCCUAUCUCGUCGACAUACUAAUACACCAUAUAACCGUGAUCAUACAACCUCUGCAACUCGAGCUCCUCGUGGUUCUUCUGAAACCGACCUAUUUCCGUCAGGCGGCACAAGGUCUUUCACGCGUCCUCAACCUGCUAUCAAUGCUCAGUGGGUGUUACAAAAUCCAGGACGCUCAUGGGACGCCUCGGUACCUCCUCCAUUGCAGCUGGAAUAUCUUCCUAGACGACCAGAGAACUCAGGAUAUACCUCAGAGCAAUCUGUGCAUUUCUCCUCGCAUGGGUUGCCUGGUCCGUACAUCCGAGAUAUUUUGUCGAAGAAUCCAGGGUUGGAUGAUCCUAAAGCGACUGUUUUUGCACAUCUCGGGUGGAAGCGGCUUCAGUGGACUUUCGAUUUCCCUGGCUUGUCCCCAGCAACUCAAAGAAUCCCAGUCAUGGAUGGGGAUCGUCACCUCACACGUCUCGAAAUCGCGAUGGAGAUUUGUUUAGAGAUUGUUCGUAUCAUGCGAAGCACGAAGGGCCAGAUGCCAGGGGUUGAUCCUAGGUGGCGACUCGACAAGUGCAACCCCAAGUACCUUCGGCUCGUAGCAUUAGUCUUUUACGCGUCAUCCUGGAUUCCUGUAUUGGCUGUUGAUCCUUAG